AUGUCAGGUCUAACCACUAAAGUAUUUUAUGGUUCUUCUAAACGUAGUUCGUUCCAUUUAAUACCAUCAACAUCAUCAUCCAAAAAGGUAAGACGUGAACCAUGCCAUUUAAUUAAUGUUAAACGGUUGCUGGGACCUCCAAUUGGCUGGAAAAACUUUCCUAGGCAACAAGAAGCACUAGACUAUGCAAAAACUAAAUCUAAUGGAUGUAUGUCUUUCACAUAUGAACAAAGUAAUGGUCAACGAUAUUUUAUGGUGGCUCAUCCUGAAACAUUUUGGUACUAUGACUCUCGUAAACCACCAAAUGAAAGACACACUUAUGAGAUCAUACCAGAAAAUAACCCAUGCAAAUUAUACUUUGAUUUGGAAUUUAAUCGCAAUGAGAAUCCGGAAUCAAAUGAAGAAGAUGUUCUUGAUUUAGAUUCAUCAACAGCAGAAAAAUUCAGUCAUCACUUAAUCUUUCAAUCCUUGGUAUUCUCUAAUAAUUGCCAAGCUGGUCAUUUUGUUCGAUUUAUAUGUUCUGAAAUUAAUAAGUUUUUGUCUGAGGACCACUGUCUAGAAGAUAAUGGGUGUUUUUAUAGUGGAAUAACUACUAAAGAUCUUAUUAAUUUAAAAACUGAACAAGGAUUGUUUUGUGACGAAAGUGUAUAUUCGAGGAACAGACAUUUCAGAUUAUUUAAAUCAUCAAAAUUGAAAAAGAAUGUUCCAUUAGUCCUAAGCAAUACAAACAAGUAUAAACUUCCAGAAAUGGCUCAUUGCGAGGAUUGUUUUGACAAACAAAUAUUUUUAAAGUCUCUAAUAACAUUUGGCUGCGAUGAUGAUGUAUUAUUGAAUUUCACAAAUAUUACAAGUCAUAUUGUUUCUCAAUCACAUGGUAAUCGAGCACAUUUUGAUAAUAAUAAUCAAGGUACAUGUCAGUCAAGUUAUACAAGUUCACCAUUUCCAAAAAUUGAUAGAUUUAUAUCUGAUCUUGUGUUCCCAGGAAAAAUCUUUAAAAAUCAUUACUUUCCCUCAGUUAACAAAUUAGUUUACAGUAUUGUGAAGAAUCGUUAUUGUGGAAAUGUUAAACGACAACACAAAAACAACAAUGUAAAGUACGUAGUUGAUUUAAACGAAAUGUAUUGGUAUCAAAAAUGUUAUGAUCCCGAUUGUGAACAGUAUCGAUCAAAUGGCACUAAGUUGCCCGAUGAAAUUUGUUUUGAGUACACCAAUCAUAUAAUGGAUGAUUUAUCUGACAGCCAAUUAGUUGAAGUUGCAGAUGCUGUUCUAUUUUGA